AUGGCACUCAAGACUUUCGGUUUGGCCGCAUUAUCCCUUGCACCAAUCGCAUACGGGGCGGUCUUUGAUUUGCCCGUCAUUGUGUAUAAUGGUUACAAAUUGAUUGAACUCAACAUCGGAACCCCGGCACGACCAUAUCGUCUUCUUUUUGAUACUGGGAGCACGUCUACUUGGAUUGUAGACAAGGAGUGCGGCGAACAUUGCAACAACGUGAGCGGAUUCGAGAGAAUUGGCUAUGAUAUUACCGCGUCUUCUACUGGCAACUAUACCGGCCAGGAAGCAUCGAUCGAUUAUCUUGGCGGGCGCGUCGCAGGGCUGACUGUGUCCGACAAGCUCACGAUCGGAGAUGUGAGCUCUGAUCAGUUGUUCAUUGCAGCAAACGAAAGUAAUUGGGCUGCACUUCCCGCCCAUGGCUUUCUUGGUCUGGCCUUCAACAGCAUUGCUGAUGGCGGCGCGACGCCCAUAUUUGAGACCUUGAUGGCGCAGAAGCUCGUCGAUGAGCCUCGCUUCGGUAUUUACUACGAUCAGACUGGGAAGGAUAGCCCAGAAGGCGGGCACGGUCAAGGCCUGUUGACUCUCGGUGGAUCGAGGCAGGAUAAAUAUGUCGAUGGCGACAUGAUCGAGGUACCUCUUCUUCGACGCGAUGGCGGUUAUGAUGUGUGGCGAAGCACACUGUAUUCAGGAAAGGGCAAGCAAGUGACUUCGAAUGGUACCGAAGCUGAGAGCUCUAUUGACUUCUCGUGGGGGGACAUUGUCUUUGACACCGGGGCUUCUAGCAUGUCACUCUCUUCUGAUAAGAUUGAGGAGGUUUAUGCAUCUAUUGGUAUGAAUUGGACUGCCAUUAUCACAGGCAAGCACAUACCUCUCUGCAGCGAGUUCACCGACAAAUGGUCCUUCACUUUGGUUGUUGGCAACUACGAUAACAAGAAGGAACUCACUGUCACAGGAGACCAACUCAAGCUACCUGGUUUUGCCAACCGAGAGGAUGCCUGCUGGCCACCUUUUGAUGACUCUGGAGCAAAUGGCUUUUCGCUGAUUGGAACGAGAUUCUUGAGGAACUUCUAUACUGUGUGGGAUUAUGGAACCAAUCCAAGCGAGGAUGAAUACUAUUCACCAUCCUUACGGUUUGGUAAACUCAAGGCCGACAAUUAG